UUCUGUAUUUUCAAAAACGUUGUGUUAUAGUUAAAAUGGGUAAAAGGCUUUCCGGGUUAAUAAAUAUCUCGUUUCAGUCUAAAUAGCGCCGCUACAGCCCGCUCACAAACCCGUCAGUCAGCAUGACGGCGGCGAGGGGAGCAGUAACCCUGAGGGACAGCGUUUGAAAACCGACGUAAUUUUAACAAAUAUCACGUUUUAACUUAACUUCUGUCUCACCGAGCCGGUGGGAACCAACGGAUAAAAACGAUGUCCGUUAUUAAAACUGGUCGCUUUAUGUAUUUCGCUUUUGGAAGUAAUUUGUUGAAGGAGAGAUUGCAACUGGCCAACCCAACGGCAAUAUUCUGCUCUACCGGGCGACUCAAGGACUAUAAGUUGAAUUUUGGCCUGUACGAGAAAUAUGUGGACAACAUUUGGCACGGUGGAGUGGCCACCAUUGAGUCCUGUCGUGGGGCUGAGGUGUGGGGGGUCAUUUGGACUUUGAGCAACGAAAACCUCCCGAGCCUGGACAAACAGGAAGGGGUGAAUGAAAGCUAUUACUCUCCUCUUGAAGUUUCAGUAGAGACUGACAAAGGACUCCUACUGUGCAGGACUUAUCAGAUGAACAAUUUCCACGCCUGCCCUCCCUCGCCUCAGUACAAACAGGUGGUGUGUUUGGGAGCCGAACAGAACGGACUCCCGGUGGAUUACCUGAAGAGGCUGCAGGCCAUUGAAACCAACAACUACAGCGGCCCCUCCUUACUUGAUCAAAUCACAACAGUCACGAAGUAAAGAUUGAACAUUAACAUUCUUAAAAUUUGGAUCAGUUUACAAAUCUUCAUGUUUGUAGCAGAAUUGAAAACAUGAUAAAUUACAGAAUAUAUUUUAGGUUCCCAAUUUCUCUUACUAGAAGUUUCUGGAGCUUUUGACCUGUAUUUCCCAGUCUUUAUUAUUACCAUAACCAUGUAAAUAAUAAUAUCAUAUAAAUGAAGGAUUAUAAAUUAUGACAUUGCAAAAACUGUGGGAUUUAAUUAACCGACUGUGGACAAAGUUAGUAACUGCACCCUGAGGAUUUUUGUUGAACUAAUAUUUCUAAGGUCAAAACUGAAUCAGAUAUGAAAAUGAAUCAGCACCACAAUGUGUCCAGAAGGUGGUGAUGUAUUCACUCUAUAGUAUCCUUAUCUUUUAUUUCCAGUUGCUGUUUUAAAAACAAUUACUGUAUUUUAUUCAAUCACAAUGGAAGAUAACAUGUACGAAACUGGGGAAAUUGGUUAUAUUUCAAGAUUACUCAGGGUAAUAUUAAACACUGAGUAACAAAACACCCUUGAGACUCUCUCGUCAUCCAUUUUCUGUUAUUCUCCUUUUGAUGAUCAAGGCAUUGAGACGUUUUUAAUGAUAUUCCAGGCCAUUCAUACACAUGUUCAAACUUGUUGAAUUAAACACUGUUAAAUUCAAAAUAUGUUUUAUUAUAAAAUUAAAAUAAAAAACAAUUCUCUGAAUCAUUUACGCAAAAUGAUACCACUUUAUUUGUUACAACACAGUGGUCUUGGACAGAAUGAUAGUUUGUAACUCUCCCAACAUUUUAGAGCCUCUAGGAAUUAUAGAAAAUACACAUGUAGUACAAAAAAAAAAACACC